GGCGUACUUAAUUACCUGGUGAGGGCAGUACCUUCACUGGUCUCAGUAAAAAUAAAGAUAUAUUGAGAGUGGCGAGUUGAGAAUCAUCAUGGCCCAGGAGAUGAAGCUCAAGAGGAGGAUAUCUCUUAAGGAAACUUUCAACACGUACAUGCCUGAAUUUAAUGAGGAAAAUAUAUUUCUGGUUCAGGUUGUUGUGGCUGUUAUUAUUGGCGUUGUAACACUCGUAAUUUUAUGGCGUCUGUUUCGUGCAACUAGCAAACGACGUGCAGUAUUACUAAUGGGAUUGUGUGAAUCUGGAAAGACGCAGCUAUUUUCACAGUUGUGUUAUGGAACAGAUGUCAUCUCUGUUACCUCCAUUAAAGAGUCUGUUGGAGAAUAUGUGACUGGAAAGAAAUCUUUGCCUGUAUAUGAUCUUCCUGGCCAUGAGCGAAUUCGCUUUGCAGCAUUUGAGAAAGUGAAGAAGUUAGCUCGUGGAAUUAUUUUUGUCCUGGAUUCUGCCACUGCUCAGAAGGAUGUUAGAGAUGUUGCAGAAUUCCUGUAUACUAUUUUGUGUGAUGGAAUUGUGCAGAGUAAAGUGUCCAGAGUAUUGGUGGUGUGCAACAAGCAGGAUCUCAAACUAGCCAGGGCAGCACCUCUCAUACAGAAGACUCUGGAGAAGGAAAUGAAUCUGCUGCGAGUGACGAGUGCCAACCAGCUGCAGUCAGUGGGUGAAGGCAGCAACAACAACAGCUUCUUAGGUCGCCAGGGACAAGACUUUGAAUUCAGUCACCUUGGACCCCUUAAAGUCGAAUUCGUAGAGGCUGUAGCCAAAGGAGGUGAAAACCUGGGAUCUGUCACAUCAUGGCUACGACAGCUGGCUUGAUAGUAAAAUCAGUUGAAAAAAAUUAAUAAAUCACAAACCCUAUUUUCUUUUACAAAUGGGUGAGAAAUACUUCGUGUAUACCAAACUUGUAAGUGUAUAUUUACUAAUUACCAGUGCAGGUAUAUUCUGUCUUAAUGCUGAAUGACCCAUAUGAGGUUAGUGCUUUUUUUUUUUUUCUUUUUAAAUAUAAUGUGCAUCUUAAAUUCUGACUAAAUUGGUAUGAAUGUAGUAUUGCAUUUGAAAGAAAACUCUCCAUGAGAAUUUAUACAAAAAUAUACUACUUGAAAUAUAGCACCCUAAUUGCAACAAAUAUGCAUUCAUGCUUAUCCUUGCAUAUAAUGCAUGAUCUCCUAUUCAGUCAGUGCCCUGUGAUACAGUAGUGAGUAUAGCCAUUAAUACACAGGGAGCACCCAACUUAGGAACACCUAAGUUGCUUAUGUCCGUACUAAUGAAUAAAGCAAUUAAAAAUUUAUAUACACUGCUACACACUUUAAACAGGUGAAACAUGACCAUCCAUUAUUCUAUUAUUUACUAUGGGAAAAUAGGUUUCAUGUUAUAACAACUUGUUUGUAAAUUUAAGCAGCAGGAAUGCAACUUGUUUACAAGUUGGGACCGCGUAUACUUGGAAGUGUGUAGUACAGAACAGGUACUAAAUGCAAGUAAAUAUUUUUUUCUAUUACAGUACAGUACUGUAUUAUGAAAUGGCAUUUAUAUUUCUUUCUUCUCCCAAAUUGUGUACUCUGCAUGUUAGUAAUAUGAGUAUUAGUUUUAAUUCUGGGCUCAUAUUAGUUACAAGAAGAAUAAAUAGGUCAUACAUAUAUAAGAUUCUUUUAAUUUGUUAUAAUUAAUUUCCAUCACAUAGCAUAAGACCUACACAAGUGUGUAAAUACUGUUUAGUGAAAUUUCACAGCAUUUUUUCAGUUUCAUGACACUACAGAUUUGAUGUGCUUUAACCACACUUGCAUGUACUGCAGUCACUGUACAGAUUUGUAGAAGGGAUGAAGAAACAAUGUAAAAUGUCCAAUAUGUCCAGUUAUUUUGUCAGUAGACAGGUUUUCAUGCUCAUUUACAUGAUGUAUAGUGUGCUUCCAAACACAAAAGUAUUUAUUACUCUGCUGGUGUUAAUGGAUGAAGACUCAAAAGGAAGAAUAAUCUCCACAUGAAGCAAAAUAGUGUACCUUUUGUUGGUGAAUAAAGGAACAGUUUGCAAUUA